AUGCAGAGCCAGACCAGAUUGGCUCCUAUAGUGUCAAGGAACGGAAUACAAGGGACAAGAGGAAAUGCCACCAGACAAGAUCAAGACGUCGCUGCUGUCGAGCUGGAUUCCACCCUGGCAAGAGUCCUAGGCAUCACCAAUGGCCUGAAGGUGGCUGUCAACCUCCACAUCGAUCCUCCGCAAGCCCACACCGUCAACAUUGAGCCCCUCACCCCGACCGAUUGGGACAUCAUUGAGCUGCAUGCCCGCUUCCUCGAGAUGAACUUCCUGUCUCAAGUUCGCGCUCUUCCCAAUCCUGCCUUCUCUGAGGCUCAGCGCCAUCCACUGACUCUGCACCUUACCCCAACAUCUACCGCAAACAUUCUGGUCACAACUCUCAGCCCUGCACCGUCAUCGAAUCAAGCCUUUGUAAAGAUCUCGCCCGAUGCCGAAGUUAUCGUUGCGCCAAAGACUCGCCAGCCUCGAAGCUCCGAUCGCUCGAGCAGAAGUGUCGCUAGCACAAGCAGAAAGAGCGUGGGAGGAAGAAGUAAUGCCAGUACUGUACGGCACCCAGCCACACGCGACGAGCUACCAACACGCCCGCCACUUUUCCUCCGAGGCGUCGAUCGCGCCAUAGCUGCCGAGUACUUUGACGAGGAGGAGGCUGGAGAUGCCGAUAAGGGUCUACGGAUCUGGCUGGAUAAUGACCAUUUGCUCUCCAAGAGUCUGAAAGGCGUCACUUGGGUCUCAGUCUCGGUCGUCCGACCUGCCAGCUUGGAAGAGCCUGUCAAUCCCCAAAAACAGGCUAUGGACUCCGAAAAGGCCGCUUCAAAGAUUGUCGCACGACUUUCCGGUUGGAGUGAUGCUCCGGACAGCCAACAUGCUGCGUUGUCUUCAAUGCUUUGUGCAGCCAUGGGAUCUCCCGGACUGGUUGGAGGUAUAGUCAGGAUCGAAGCUGCUCCUCCACAGCUACCCAAGACCACUUCGGCCAUGAAGAAAGAGUCAAAAGAAAAGGAGUCCGUGGUUAAGAACUUGCGUAUCUUUCCUUUUGGCACUGCUCAAUCGAAUAUCUUGAAGUUCGGUGGUGAAUCUACUGCUGAGAAAGAGGCAGCCGUACGGAAGUUGAAAGCUAUCUUUGAUGAUAGUCACGAUGGAUCUGGUCUGCUCGAAGGCCCUUUGACAGACGGGAUGCUUCUGCCUGCAGAAGCCGACAAGAACAAAGACCAUGCCUGGCCGGGUGGUAUCCUACGAUUCGACCCUUCGCCAACUAGUACAGAAGAGCAUCCGAUAAAGAAGUCUGCAGAUUGGCUUAUCGGCGCUGAGCGCAAAUUGACGAUAGAGGUCCAGCCAGAGAUUGCAAAACCAUCAGACUUGACGCGAGGGAACAUUGGCCAUGACAUGCCAGAAUCACCACCAGAGAUGGUCGGCAUCGAUGUCCUGACGGCUGAGCUUGAAAGACACCUUUCGCACUCAUCAUCUAUACUGCUCACCGGAGGCUUAGGCUCAGGAAAGACCUCCCUGGCACAUCUUCUUGCCAACAGACUCCGGAAAGAGCGUCUAUAUCACAUCACAUACUUUUCCUGCCGGACGCUCGUCACAGAUGAGACACGUGUAUCCACCAUCAAAGAAAAUUUACAGAGAAUUUUUGGUGCGGGAGCGUGGGGUGCAAGACUCGGCGGUCGCGCUUUAGUUGUCUUGGACGACAUUGACAAACUGUGUCCUGCGGAGACGGAACUCCAGGUCGGAAACGAUAACGGUCGUAGCAGGCAGGUCAGCGAGCUUUUAUGCUCUAUCGCAAGACAGCACUGUUCUCGAGAUACUGGUGUUGUGCUAUUGGCAACUGCUCAAGCGAAAGAGUCUGUCAACAAUGUUGUUAUCGGUGGACAUGUUGUACGUGAUAUCUUGACAUUGAAAGCACCAAACAAGGAUGGUAGACGCAAAGUUCUCGAGCUUCUGGUGGGUCAAGAAGAUACUCAGCAGCCAAAGCACUCAAGGUCUCAGAGUGAUGGUGCCGCUUGGAUGGGUGGUUCAGAAGCAGGGGAUCAAGCGGACGGUUUGAAAGGUUUCGAGGUGGAUCCUUCCAUUGACUUUUUGGAUGUCGCUGGACAAACCGAUGGCUACAUGCCAGGAGAUUUGACGUCUCUUGUCUCGAGAGCGCAGAACGAAGCCUUGAUCCGAAGCGUAUCGGAGGAUGCAGAGAAUCCGCAUGUCUCAUUGACCAGGGACGACUUCACAGCCGCACUCAAAGGCUUCACUCCAGCAUCUCUUCGUGGUGUCACUCUACAAACAUCUACCACCACUUGGUCUUCGAUUGGUGGUCUGCAAGAAACCAGACAGACUCUGUUGGAGACUUUGCAAUAUCCAACGACAUACGCACCUAUCUUUGCGCAAUGUCCAUUACGCCUUCGAUCCGGUCUGCUACUGUACGGCUAUCCAGGAUGCGGAAAGACAUUACUCGCAUCUGCUGUAGCAGGAGAGUGUGGUCUCAACUUCAUCUCGGUCAAGGGACCCGAGAUUCUCAACAAGUAUAUUGGUGCUUCCGAAAAAAGUGUUCGCGAUUUGUUCGACAGAGCAGAGGCUGCACGUCCUUGCGUACUCUUCUUCGAUGAGUUUGACAGUAUCGCGCCGAAGAGAGGUCACGAUAGCACGGGCGUUACUGAUCGUGUUGUCAAUCAACUGCUCACACAGAUGGAUGGUGCAGAAGGUCUAUCAGGUGUAUAUGUCCUCGCUGCCACCAGUCGACCAGAUCUGAUUGAUCCCGCUCUUCUUCGUCCUGGUCGUUUGGACAAGAGUCUGCUAUGCGACAUGCCAAACACAGACGAUCGUCUCGACAUCCUGCGCGCCGUGACUGGCAACCUCAGAAUCGAUGCUAGCAUUCUGGACGAAUCUAAUCAUAACCAAAGCCUGCAAGAGAUAGCGCGACAAACACAAGGAUACUCGGGCGCAGACUUGCAAGCAGUCAUGUACAAUGCGCAUCUCGAAGCCAUCCACGAUGUCCUCGGUCCCACCGAAGAACUCGGCAACGACAAAUCUUCAUCGUCACGCUCAAAGUCCAAAUACAAAGAUUUUACUUACUUUCGCUACGGCGAUGAGAGUCUAGGAAAAGAUAUCUCUGCAAACCCAACACCACAAUCUUUGGCCGAACGAGCAAACAUCGCUACCAAACUCGCUGCGUUGGAAACUGCACGUAAACGUUCAAAGGCAACCAACUCUGCAGCUGCUGAUGCAAACACUAAUGGUGUCAAAGAGGAAGCUGCGGGAACACAGGAACCAAUGAUUUUGUGGAGACAUGUGGUGAAGAGUCUAGAGCAGACCAGGCCUUCGAUCUCAAAGGCUGAUCAGAGGAGGUUGAGCACGAUAUACAGAGAGUUUGUCGUAGGCAGGAAUGGCGAGAUGGCUGACGGAGAAGCUGGGACCGAGAUUGGCGGGCGCUCGACCUUGAUGUAG